ACUCACAUUGAAGAUGCAAGAUGAAGAAAGAUACAUGACAUUGAAUGUACAGUCAAAGAAAAGGAGUUCUGCCCAAACAUCUCAACUUACAUUUAAAGAUUAUUCAGUGAUGUUGCACUGGUAUAAAAUCUUACUGGGAAUAUCUGGAUCCGUGAAUGGUAUUCUCACUUUGACUUUGAUCUCCUUGAUCCUGUUGGUUUCUCAGGGAGUAUUGCUAAAAUGCCAAAAAGGAAGUUGUUCAAAUGCCACUCAGUAUGAGGACACUGGAGAUCUAAAAGUGAAUAAUGGCACAAGAAGAAAUAUAAGUAAUAAAGACCUUUGUGCUUCGAGAUCUGCAGACCAGACAGUACUAUGCCAAUCAGAAUGGCUCAAAUACCAAGGGAAGUGUUAUUGGUUCUCUAAUGAGAUGAAAAGUUGGAGUGACAGUUAUGUGUAUUGUUUGGAAAGAAAAUCUCAUCUACUAAUCAUACAUGACCAACUUGAAAUGGCUUUUAUACAGAAAAACCUAAGACAAUUAAACUACGUAUGGAUUGGGCUUAACUUUACCUCCUUGAAAAUGACAUGGACUUGGGUGGAUGAUUCUCCAAUAGAUUCAAAGAUAUUCUUCAUAAAGGGACCAGCUAAAGAAAACAGCUGUGCUGCCAUUAAGGAAAGCAAAAUUUACUCUGAAACCUGCAGCAGUGUUUUCAAAUGGAUUUGUCAGUAUUAGAGUUUGACAAAAUUCAUAGUGAAAUAAUCAAUGAUCACUAUUUUUGGCCUAUUAGUUUCUAAUAUUAAUCUCCAGGUGUAAGAUUUUAAAGUGCAAUGAAAUGCCAAAAUCUCUUCUCCCUUCUCCCUCCAUCAUCGACACUGGUCUAGC